AUGGAUGAAUUAAAAAAAAUGGGUUUUGCUAAUCCUACCCCUAUUCAAUGUCAAGGCUGGCCUAUGGCUUUGAGUGGUCGAGAUGUUGUUGGUGUUGCAGAGACAGGUUCUGGUAAAACUUUAUCCUAUAUUCUACCUGCUAUUGUUCAUAUUAACGCUCAACCUUUACUUCAACCUGGUGAUGGACCUAUUGUGCUUGUCUUGGCUCCUACUAGAGAACUCGCUGUUCAGAUUAGUGAACAAUGUGCUCGAUUUGGUGCUAGUUCUCGUAUUAAGAACACUUGUCUUUAUGGUGGUACUCCUCGUGGUCCUCAAAUUCGUGACCUCUCUCGAGGAGUUGAAAUCUGUAUUGCUACUCCUGGACGUUUAAUUGAUAUGCUUGAAAAUGGCCGUACUAAUUUAAAGAGAGUUACCUAUCUUGUCUUGGAUGAAGCUGAUCGUAUGUUAGAUAUGGGUUUUGAACCUCAAAUUAGUAAAAUUAUCAAACAAAUUCGUCCUGAUCGACAAACAUUAAUGUGGUCUGCUACAUGGCCCAAAUCUGUUGAAAGACUAGCACAAUCUUAUCUUAAAGAUUUUAUUCAAGUUACAAUUGGUUCUUUAUCUUUAAGUGCAUCCGAAAAUGUAACUCAAACAGUAGAGAUUUGUAAUGAAAUUGAAAAGCGUGGCAAACUUAUUAGUCAUCUUGAACGUAUUAUGGAAAACCCUGAACAUGAAAGAAAGACGAUUGUAUUUACGAGUACAAAACGUACUGCAGAUGAUAUCACUCGUUUCCUUCGUCAAGAUGGAUUCCCUGCUCUUGCUAUUCAUGGUAAUAAACAACAGAAUGAACGUGAUUGGGUUUUGAAUCAAUUCCGUUCAGGUGGACAUCCUAUUAUGGUUGCAACUGAUGUAGCCUCUCGUGGUAUUGAUGUGAAGGAUGUCAAGUUCGUUAUCAACUAUGAUUUCCCUACUAAUAUAGAAGAUUAUGUCCAUCGUGUUGGACGUACAGGUCGUGGUGGCAAUACAGGCCAUUCGAUUACUUUCUUUACUGCAGAUAAUGCCCGUCAAGCUCGUGAUUUGAUUGAUAUUCUUAACGAAACUCAACAAUAUGUGGAUCCUCGUUUACAAAUGAUGGCUCAAACACGCGGUACAGCUAGUAAUCGUGGUGCUAGAGGAGCCGCACGAGAAUCAAAGAUGACAGAAAUCAAUGAAGAGCCUAAAGUAUCCUUAAACGAUUUAAAAAAAUUUGAGAAAUGGACAAAAGCACUUAAAUACAUUACAGGACUUGGUAUGACAGAGGCUGAAAGGAAAGAUUUUAAAAAGCGUUUAGAAACAGAUUUGGAAGAUUAUCAAUGCCGUCAAUGUGAAGCAUGGAGAGAUCAACUUGUAAAAAACAGUAAAGUUAUUUUCUAA